GAAAAAUUUCUCUUUUUUUCCAGCCACAGGUCUGACUCGGCAGCGUCGGCGAGUUGUUGCCCCUCCACGCAGGUCUUGUCGCACUUCAUGUAGAGGGCGAGAGCGAGAGACGCAGAAGAAGGGACAAGGGAGGAGGACAGCGAUGAGUGAGGAAGAUAGGAGCCCAUAAGAUAUCAUGAAAUUGCGUACUGCGCUGGUGUCUCCUUGCUCCCUUUCGCGUCUCCAUAUCGUCGGCAUGGUCAGUAGCAAGAAGUCUCAAUCCAAAAGCAGCAGCAGCAACAACAACAACAACCACGACCGCAGGAGUCCUGAUCAAGCUCCACCAAGGAUCACAUCCAAUGUCAAGCAAAACUUACAAUUUUUAAAGAUAUGGAAGGAUAUUCAAAGACAGGGAUCAACUACCCCAAGGCCUGCCACAAGCUAUCGAAAAAAGAAGGUAGUUAAAGAAGAAAUUCCAAGAGACACAGAGCUCUAUAAAGAUCCAACUAUGAAUCUUUAUUAUACAAACCAGGGGUUGGAAACUGCUGUUCCAGUACUUCUUGUGGAUGGAUACAAUGUAUGUGGGUAUUGGGCAAAAUUGAAGAAGCAUUUUAUCAAGGGAAAACUUGAUAUUGCUCGCCAAAAGCUGAUCGAUGAGUUGAUAACUUUUAGUGCAAUUAAAGAAGUAAAAGUGGUUGUGGUGUUUGAUGCUAUGAUGUCUGGACUUCCAACUCAUAAGGAAAACUUUGGAGGGAUUGAUGUAAUAUUCUCAUGUGACAUGUGUGCUGAUUAUUGGAUUGAAAAGGAGGUAGUUGCUUUGAAGGUUGAUGGGUGUCCACGAGUCUGGGUCGUGACAUCUGAUGUGUGUCACCAACAAGCAGCUCAUGCAGCAGGUGCUUUUGUUUGGAGCUGCAAAGCAUUGGUGUCUGAGAUCAAGGCUUCACAGAAGGAGUUUGAGCAAAUGCUAAAUGAACAUAGGUCAACUUCCAUGCAAGGAAAAUUACUUCAGCACAAUUUAGAACCAGAAAUAGUUCAUGCUCUGAAAGAUCUAAAAAGAAAGCUUUUAGAGAAAGAGUCGAUUUGACCAUCUCUUUCUGUCUGGUUCAAUCAAUGGAGUUGUAGACUCAAUUUGGCACAGAAUUUAGAACCAGAAACUAGAAAUUCUUCUCAUGAACUUGGUGUAUCACGCUUCAAUAGCCAUCAGGGAAGAAGAUAAGAAUUAACUUCUUCAUAUCUUUGUUUUGUUAACUUAAUUUCUCCUUCCUGUCAUCAUAAAAAUCUUUCAUGAAUUUGCCACAAACACUCUGUUGUAUUAUAUGAUAAAGACAAACGGAAGAUCAUAUAAAGAUAUCGACGCUCCCUGGUUUCACUUUUCAA